AUGCAAAUUUUUAUAAAUAUCCCAUAUGAUGACUCCUUAUGUAUUGAGUCAUCCAACGUUAGUACCAUAAAAAAUGUUAAAGAGCAAAUAUCAGAACUGAAAGGUAUUCCUUGUGAGGCACAAAAAUUGUUCAAAAAUGGUCGCCAGUUGGGAGACGAAGAAUUGAUUGAAGUUGAUGAAUCUGAAUUUGAGUACACCUUAAACUUAACUUUUGGAUUACUUGGAGGUGGUAAAAAAAAGAAAAAGAAAGUUUAUAAGAAACCCAAAAAGGAAAAACAUAAGAAAAAAAAAGUCAAAUUAGCUGUACUUAAGUUUUACAAAGUUGGAGAUGAUGGAAAAGUAUUUAGAUUAAAAAAGCAGUGUGAUAAUUGUGCACCAGGUACUUUGAUGGCAGCACAUUUUAAUAGGGAUUAUUGUGGAAGAUGCCACCUUACAAUUAUGAAAAAAUAA